AGGCGCGACUUUAGUACCUAUAAAAAAACAGUGGACAGGCUGUUUGAGAUGUUCCCAUCCAGUCCAGAUGUCAUAAAACCCAGCCCUGACCUCUGCAGGAGUUGCGCUGUGGUGGGGAAUUCUGGUAAAUUGAAGCAAUCACGAUAUGGACCUCUCAUAGAUUUACAUGAUGUCAUCAUAAGAAUUAACCAUGGUCCUACCAAAGGCUUUGAAGCAGAUGUCGGGACCAGAACAACUCAUCAUGUCAUGUAUCCAGAGAGUGCCGUGGACUUGGAUAACAACACUCAUCUUGUGCUGUUUCCAUUCAAGAUACAAGAUCUCGAGUGGCUCAUCAAGGCCUUCUCUACUGGAUUCUCUGGAAGGUCAUAUGCGCCAGUUAAGUCAAAUAUCAAAGCUAACAAGGAUUUGGUGAUGGUGAUCAAUCCAGCUUUCAUGAGGUAUGUUCAUGACAUGUGGCUGCAAAAGAAGGGCAGUUAUCCAUCCACUGGCUUUAUGACUUUGAUUCUUGCCCUCCACAUUUGUGACGAGGUCCGUGUGUUCGGUUACGGAGCAGACAAAAAUGGAAACUGGAAUCAUUACUGGGAAAAACUCAAAAACCCAAAGUUUAAAACUGGAAUACAUCCUGGAAUUCAUGAGUAUGGAAUUAUCGAGGAGCUAGCUGAGCAACAAAAGAUCAAGUUUUUUACAGGGCGGAGAUCUUUCUCUUAGCAUUUGAACUAUUCAUAAACUUGAUAGCAAAUCAUUCGCCAUGCAAAACAAGAAUGAGAAGACUAACUGCCUAGCUGAAAGCAGAAGGAGAAAAUAUUGUAUAGAUGGAUACAUAGUAUGGAAACACAAGGACAAUGAGAGUAGUAUCUUGAAUGAAUGUUUUGCCAGCUAUUUAAGUUCUAAAAUUUGAAAAUGACAGCAUGUUACAAUGUGUAGACUAUUGAUUUGUUUCUUGAAAACUGUUAUGUGAUGACAUUUUUUACAACUAACAAUUAACUAUUUUGUCUGCUGAAAGAUUGUGAUGGAUUAUUUAAA